CUAACCAAACAGUUCCCUUCAAAUGAGAAAGCUGUUCUCUUGCUGUCUUGUGAUGUCUGAAUGUUCUUAACUGGCCCUUGCUACAGGGGUGAGUGAGGUCUUGUGUUCUGGAAUUUCUGCCCUGCAAACUUUGCACAUCUCUUCUCAGCUAUGAGUAAAUUAAUAGGAUUUCACAUCUGUGUGGUUGCCUGCAGCAUUGUGCUCUUAUCCUCCAGUCCGCCAUGCCUUGCAUCUCAGAAACUGGAGAAGAGGGACAUGACAAAGCUCCAGCCUGGCCCAUGGGCAGGGAAUGGGGUAGAAGAUGAAGGGACAAGCUUGUCAAACUUGAAAAAUAUCCUGGACCCCUCUGAGCAAACAGUCUCUGAAGAGCCAUCUGGAGUGUCAAAGUCAUCUGAGAUGCCUUUAAGUGAAGCCUUCACUGCUGAAAGAGAAAUACAGCCUGUGAGCCCAAGUCAUGUCUUCUCAAGCAGUUGGAGCCUGGGUGUUUACACCCCUGCUGUAGCAGUGACUUCUACAGAAGAGAAGGAACUUGGUCCUGUGAAGUCAGAGAAGGAGCUGAAUGAAAAUGGUGAGCUCAAGGCCAUGCUAACCACAGCUGUGACCACACUGAAUCCUUCCAUUGAGGAGGAAUCUGUCAGUAGCCCUGUUAGCAAGACCACUGCAGAGGAUAGUGCUGAAGUAGAGCAUAGCUUUGCCAGCCUCCUCGCAACUGUCAUGGAAAGCAGAUUUGCUACAGCAGAGAAGGCAAAGAGUAGCUGGGGUUUCUCAACUGCAUCCGAACUCCCCAGUGAGCAGAUGCCCACUCUGCACCCCAGCACUCCAAAUCUGGAAGUGACAAGUGACUAUCCUGUCAUCCCCACUCCCCAGCCUCCAAGUGUGGGCUCUGAAGCUUGGACACCAAGAGCAAAUAUGGGGAGCCCUCUGCAGAUGCUGACUGCACCAGGAUAUGUUGCUGCAAAACCCCCUCUUGCAUCUGCUGAGGCUUCCCUCCCUCUUGAAGCAGAAAUGGAUGGUAGGCAAGGAGAGCUGCCUGUCACAGCUAGCACUGUCACCAUCCACCCAACUGUCUCUGUGCCACCUGACUGGGAUGACACAAAACUAGGAAAUAUAAGUCAAGGGGGAAACAUGCAGCAUGAGGAGAUGAGAGAGGGCCAAGUGGCAACAAAACCGUCUCAGACACCACAGGGGGAUGUGGGGGAGGAAGAGGAUGUGACAAGAGUGCUGCCAUCCCCAGUAUCUGCUCCACCAACUCCUGUGAUUGCCAAGGAGAGCAACUGUACAGCUCUGGUGUCAGCGCAGGAGGAGGAAAUGCCAGUAUCUUUCACAGGCCACGAUGAUGUUUCUCUCACUGUGAACUUGACAGGAAUGGACACAUCUGAUUUAAACUCUCUGGAAAAUACAGACACAGUCACAGCAGAGGAGAGGAAAAGCACUGCUCUGUCAUUGCCAGAGACCAUUGCUGUGGUGACAGAUACAAAAUCUGAUGUCCUUCCUACUCUGGGAAGCUCACUGGAAGGUGUUACUCAGGAGAUGACGACAGCUCCCCAGGAGGCUGAUGAUACUCCAUCAGUUGUGAUGUUGGCACCUGUUGCUACCCAGGGAACUGGAGUGGCAAGCCUUCCUUGGGAGGAAAGUAGGAAGGAUACCCAGAUGCCAGCUGUUCCUAGUGCCACCCAGAUGUUGACAGCAACUGACACUUCUUCCACAGCAAAAUCUCCAGAUGUUGAAGACUUCACAGAUGUGGUCCCAGUCACCAGUGAGGAGGCUGUUCCACCUCCUGGUGGUUUAUCUGCUACCCAGUCUGGACAGACAGAGGAGCCAUCCAGCGGAACUGUGGUGCUGGCGACUCCAGCAUCAAUGGCCUCUUCUGUCAGGAGGACAGCUCUUCCAUCUGUGAGGAAGAUCAGUACGGCUGUAACCUACGGGCUGGACCGGCUGGAGUCGGAAGAGGGUGAGGAGGAGGAAGAGGAUGAAGAGGAAGAAGAAGAGGAGGAAGAGGAAGAUGAGGAGGACAAAGACAUAGACUCGAUGGAUGAAAGCAUGGAGGGUGACACCGAGCUGCCAGGUUUCACGCUUCCGGGUGAGACCUCCCAGGAGCCCCUAGCUGGUCUGGAGAACCCUGCGGCCCAGCUGGCUGGGGUGUCCUAUCAGGUUCCAGACACCAUCGAGUGGGAGCAGCAGAACCAGGGUCUGGUGAGAAGCUGGAUGGAGAAGCUGAAAGAUAAGGCAGGAUACAUGUCGGGAAUGCUGGUUCCUGUGGGAGUCGGGAUAGCUGGAGCCCUUUUUAUCCUGGGAGCACUCUACAGCAUUAAGAUCAUGAAUCGCCGAAGGAGAAAUGGCUCGAAGAGGCACAAAAGAAAGCAGAGGGAAUUUAACAGCAUGCAGGACCGAGUGAUGCUCUUAGCUGACAGCUCUGAAGAUGAAUUUUGAGUCGAACUGCAGAGCCGUUGUGAUAUCCAGUGACUUUUCAAGCGAGGGAGGGGGAGAAAAAGGACAACCGAAUUUCUGCUGCAUUACUGCUCUCAGCCACGCAGAGCCACCGAGCAGUGGCUGGUACCACCCUGGCGAAACGGCAUGCUCUAUUCUACAUGUAACGCGCAGUGAUGUUUGUUUUGAUACAGUAGUGAGAUUUCACAUUCGCGCCGGCACCUCAUUCAGAUCCACAGCACACAUUGCUACAGCUGGAGCUGAUACAUAUGGAUGAUUAUUUUCCUAUUAUCCUGGUAUACUCUCUCGGUUCUGGCUGGCAGUAAUCGAAUCAUAAUGAUAGCUCUCACCUAAUUGGCGAAUGGAAAUCUUUACUAUGAAUGACUACUGUCCAAUUUGUUGAUUUUUAAAUGUUACAUUAUCUGAGCUAGAGUUCAUUAGUGCUAAAAUUAGCUGCUCUGCUUAAUUAUUGAGUUAUACACUUGAACUAUAUCCCUUGUCAACUGAGAAGUGCCCAAGUGCAGUGUUGUUAAUACAGUUUGAAACACAUUUCUAUACUCUUUUACCCAAUUCUCACCUGUUCUUUCCCAAAUCCUCCCUCCAGCUGUUUCAUGCUUCUUGGAAACAUACAGGAAUGGCCUCAACACUUGAUUCACAACAAAAACCUUAGUCCAUUUUCAACCAGCACUGUCUGUUACAGCACAAUAAAUACCAGUGCACACAUACCGAUGGAUAGUCUUGCAUGGAUCUCUUAGCUUUUUUUCAGUGUGCGAAUAGGUGACAGAAAAGGCAGGUUCAGCUGGCUCCUGUCUGAAGGCACUAGUUACUGGUUCACCUCUUUCACAAGGCUGCGUUCACAUAGAGAUAAAAGCGAAGCAUCUGUCUCCUUUCCCAACUGGUAAUUGCAUUUUCAGCCACUGAAAGCUUCAUGAACAGCAGCACCUUUGAGAGAUCUGAUGGAUGUCAGAUCCUGUCUCCAUACAACCAAGUGCAGAAAGGUGUUGAAGCCUGCAGAGCUGGUGGCUGUCAGUGUCAAGGGCUUCAUGGCUAAUAGAGGGAUAGUCAUAAUUCAGCCAGCAGGCACAGCUGGAGUGACAUCUGUAAAAUGGUCAAGUUGGGGAACAUCUGGCCAAAGGGGAAGGGUAACUGAAACCGUAGGACAGACAUCUGCACAGGGCUGUGGAGAUGAAGCCUUGAAGGUAGGACUAGAGGCGGCAUGGGAUGAGGGCAACAUGUAGCAGAUGGAGACAGACAGGGUCUGAGACGUGGCUGUAAUCAAGCAGGGGUAAUUAGUCACUGUGCACAGGAAUGCUGUAAAAAUAGCUAGAAAAAAGGGCUGUAUUACCUUGUCUCUGUUUCAGACUGUGAAAUGACUCUUUAAUCUUACAUUUAUGCAAAGCAUACAUGUUUCCACAGUGGAAAUCACUGUUUUGAGGGAAAUCAUCCUUCAUACAGAAACAGUGGCUGUUGCUGGAGGAGACAUGAUUAGACAAAUAAGGUCAGAGCACACAUUUUCUGAGAUUAAAUCCCUUGAAGUCUUUGAAGAGGUGGAAAGGAGAAGUGUUUGAGGAUGGGCACAUGCAGGAUUUCAUUCUUUGUAAAGGUGAAAAAGCCUGGCCCAUUACAAAGUAUAGAUGUACGUGGUGGUGAACAAAUGUCUCCUGGGCACACAAAUAUGUUUGCAAGGUGCAGAGCACAUUUAGAAGACCUGUCUGAAAGUCGCAUCUCUCUGAGAGGGUCCAGGGUCCCCUCUGGACAUUAAAUCAUCAGAUGGGAUGUUCAGUUCUAAACAAGCAGUGCUCUUUGGAGCCCAGCUACUUUCCCAUAGGCUUUCCCCGCAUUUAGUGAGUCACCGGGAGACGGACAGGCAGGACCACCUGUAUGCAAAAUGCUGCUACUGAUGCCAGUCUUCCAGUCUAAGAGCUGUGCUUGGUCCCUCACGUGUUCGUCCCGCCGAGCGUGUGGGAAGCUGGUUGUGGAAGGCAAAAUAAAGCCCAGCCCAUCAGCAUGCUGGGGGGUCUUCAUUCCCUAAUCCAUUUAGGACGGGCUUUCCCAGCCUGCGCUCUGCAAUGCUUGCUUGUCUCCCUUUCCAUUCCUGAAACUUUGAUCAUGAGGAUUUUGCCUUGCUAAAAGCCAUCCCAGAUCUCCUAACAGCCACUGACUGGCAACAUCUAUUUCCACUUGUGAUCCUCUGCCCACUCUUAAGUCCAGGUGCCCUUACCCAAAAUUAGAAGCUCUUUCUUCUGUAACAGUCAUUGGUCUGAGCUAAGAGCAACUUUUCCUUCUGGCCUGGUUGCUCCCUAUUUCCUUCUCUUUCCUAAGUCUUUUGGCAUUUGGAGGUGGCUGGGAGGUGUUAACAGUCCAGUUUAGCUUUGGUGGCUAUCUGGUCCUGGCAGCUGGGGUUUGGGGAACGAGGAAGUCUCUUCCUUUGGGCUCUUUGAGGAGUUGUUCAUGGCGAAGGGGUGAUGGAGGUUGCGAGGUGGAAUGACUUCUCCUCCAGUCCAGCUUGCUUCAGAUCACCUCCAGAAGGGACUGGCUUCUAGGUACAGCACCAUGCAGGCUGGGAACAAGAAUACAGAGGCAACUGCAAGAUAUUUUUGUGAAGUGUCGCUCUAGUCCGGAUAGGGAUGCAUGGAGAGUUAGCAAUGGCACAGGGGGCCUCUCCGCAGGAGGGAGUUUGUCUUUGAGCAGCAGCAUUGGCAACUGGGCUGGUGAUUCCUCUGCGUGCAGCUAUACCCUGCUAGAGAGACCUGAGCGGAUGCUGGAAAACAGGAGCUGCCAGAGACAGAGCAGAACAGAGCAGAUGUACCAGCAAGAGCCAGACAGCUGGGGAGCAGCAGGGUUUUGCACAGCGACAGCCUGUGAAGGACAGUCUUCUCUUGUUUUCCUGUUAACAGUGAUGUGCUCGCGCAGUUUGCGAUGCCUGCACGAGUUGCGUUAAGUAACGGGUAAAACACAUGGCUCCCAGGCAGCUCCGAGGAGGAGGGAUGGCUGAGCCAGGCUGUGUGUCUGUGUCUUUCUCCCUCCCCAACGUAAUCACCUUAAUAUGAAAUUAAAGGGAAGGCUGCCUGUCAGCGUGCUGACGCCAGCAUUUUGGUGAAACCGCUGGGUGCUGGGUGCCCUGGGCAGUGCGGGUGUCCUUCACGCGGCGAGGACGUGGAGCGGGUGUGCUCUGCUCCAGCAAAGCAGGUGUGUUUGGCCUGAUGCUGGCAAAAUGGCCAUGCAAGAAGUGGAGCUGACAACUAAUUGCGAUAAUAUCUCAGUGGUUAUACGAGAAGUAGGAUGAGAUAAACUGGGCAGGCAGGGAAGUUGGAGCUAAGUGAGAUGCCCGGCUGAAUGGCAGCUCGGUCUUGGCUCUGGAGUCUGUGCUGGAGCCAGCUCGGUGCGCAAGUGCUGUAGAAGGGCUGCCCAAAGGCUUUGCAGGUGGUGCAGCUUCACUCCCAGGCCUGUCUCUGGCUCCGGAUGCCGCUCUGCACUGGCAUUGCUCCUGGGUUUGUUGUCCUGUUUGGGCCGUGAUGCCUUGGUUGGGAAGUACUGGCCAGCAGAAGACUGCUGUUGGCCAACUUUCCGAGCCAAGAGAAGCUGCUCAGCAGCGCAGAGAGACCCCAAGCAAUGUCCAUUUGAUGGGGAAUGCUUGCCGGCCCCGGGGACUUUGGAGCAGGGCUCAAAUGCCAGCAUCUCUCCCUUGUUCAGGAGGGCAUGCAGGACGAGGGCCCCAGUGCAGCACAUUUGGUGGGAAAACACCAAGUUUACACGUGGGGACAUCUACAGAAAGAUCUCAGCUGUGUUGCUAUCUCCGUACUCAAGUUCGUUGGGCCAUCACUGGUCCUGAAGAUCCCCCUGUAGCCCAUGUGUGAGCAAAAUCACCAUUUGUGGAGAGAUGGGACUCAUGGGACAGUGUUUUCCGUGCCUUCAAGCACCAGGAGCUUUAGUGGCUUUUAUUUAAUAGCUGUUUCUAGCCAGGCACCUGCCCCAGAACCUGGAGGCUCCCCAUGUCUUGCACUUCAGCUCUCUGUAGAGUGGAGGCAAGAGGAAUGGUCCAAAUCAGCCUGAGAGUCCAGUGAAGCUGCUAGGAGCCCUGGGGGCACAGGCAGGGGUUUCUGCAGUGCCCUGGCAUCGGUGAACGUUGCUGCAGGUGCGGAAAGCACAAGCAUCACUUAGCACUGUCUCUGCUCGGUGCCCGCUCCCGGGCUGGUAGCCUUUGGCUUGGGCCCGUCAAAAUAUUCUCUGCACAACUGCUGGCGCUGGACGCGUUUGCCGAAAUUAUCACUUUGCAGGUGGGGGACAGGGAGGUUUCCAGCGGGAGUGGAGGCUGCCGGUCUCUUAAAGAUCUGUCGAUUUAAUCAAUAGUGCUGCAUUUCUAAAACACACAAGCGAAGCAGCAGUGAACUGCCCCCGGGCCCCGCGUUGGUGUCAUUGCUGCGCCAGGGGACGUAGCUGCAACGACCGCGUUGCUGCGGCAGUGACAUUCUCAGUGCGGGGCCGCCUGAUAGCACAAGCCAAAAUUUCUCGCAGGUGUUGCAAAAUCGUUCCAGUCCCGAUGGGAGGAAGCAGCCGGCCCAAUGGGCAGGUCUUGUCGUGCCGAAACGCACCUGCACCGUCCAGCUGCUGAUUGUUAAAGGUGUCUCUAACUCCAGAUGUUCACCGUGGCGAGGUCUCUUUGGGCUGCAGCUGCUUGCGCGGAGUCACGCUGGCAGCGGGGGGGCUUCCUCGUUUUCUCUGCCCGACGAGACCAACUCGUGCUGUACCUAGGGGAUGUAGCACUUUGUUCAAUUAAAACAGUGGGAAAUAAAAAGCUGUCCAUCCUC